CAGUCCAAUCAGAGUGAACCGGUGCUAAGCUGACCGGAGGAGGGCUGUGAUUUUUUUUCAGCACCGUGCUCUCUUGCAUUUUAAAACCCACCCCCCCACCCCCCGGGCCCCCCUCAGUCUGCACAAAAGGAAUAACAAGAGGUUUGAAGAGCAGGAGGAGGUGGCGGAGGAGAGGGCACGGCAGCCUUUCUCAAGACAGCAGCGUAUUUCACUCAGUUGUAGCACGGAGGAGAGGAGGAUGCAGGCUUAGAGAGGAGGAGAAGCAGCACCCUUUCAAACACCUGCUGAGAGCUGCUGUGGGCCUUCCCCCGUCUUUGGCCUUUUAUGCUCUUUGUUUAGAUGCUCUUUUCAUCCUCUCUGAUUUCCUCUUCUCUCUGACCUCUUAUACUUUGGAACCUUUCACCGGUUCCUGAAAGGAAAGCUACUGCGCCUUCUUCCCUCGGUGGUGUUGUUUUUUUUUUUUUUGCCUCGCAUUAGCUGAGUCAUCAUGUCUGAUCUGACGCCUCAGAGCGAAACCCCGACUCCCACCACCGACAAGAUCACCCAGGCCGCCCGGGAGACCAUUUAUCUCUGCAACUUUCGCGUGUCGGUCGACGGCGAGUGGCUUUGCCUUCGCGAGCUCAAUGACAUCUCCCUCACCCCGGACCCAGAGCCGGCCCAUGAAGACCCCAAGGAUCCCAUUGCAAUCGAAAGGCUUAACUUGAUGAACAUGGCCAAACUGAGCAUCAAGGGCCUGAUCGAGUCUGCUCUCAACCUCGGACGCACACUUGACUCUGACUAUGCACCUCUCCAGCAGUUCUUUGUCGUGAUGGAGCACUGUCUGAAACAUGGCUUGAAAACCAAGAAGUCCUUCCUUGGGCAGAACAAAUCAUUCUGGGGGGCGUUGGAGCUUGUCGAGAAGUUGACACCUGAAGCAGGAGAGAUCACUGCCAGUGUAAAAGACCUGCCUGGCCUUAAAACUCCUUUAGGGAGAGGGCGUGCCUGGUUACGACUGGCCUUGAUGCAGAAGAAGCUUUCUGACUACAUGAAGACCAUCAUCAACAGAAAGGACCUGCUCAGUGAAUUCUAUGAGCCCAACGCAUUGAUGAUGGAGGAAGAGGGAGCUGUCAUCGCGGGGCUGCUCGUUGGGCUAAAUGUCAUCGAUGCCAAUCUGUGUAUGAAGGGGGAGGACUUGGAUUCUCAGGUCGGGGUCAUCGAUUUUUCAAUGUACCUCAAAGAUGGCGGACACAGUAGUAAGAGUUCAGAGGGCGACGGUCAGAUCACAGCGAUUCUUGAUCAGAAGAAUUAUGUGGAGGAGCUGAACAGACAUUUAAGUGCUUCAGUAAAUAACCUCCAGGCCAAGGUGGACGCUCUGGAAAAGUCUAACACAAAGCUAACAGAAGAGCUUGCAGUGGCAAAUAACAGGAUCAUCACUUUACAAGAAGAUGUGGAGAGAGUAAAGGAGGAGAGCUCAUAUCAUAUGGAGUCCAGGAAGGCAUUAAGAAGCGACUCAGCACCAGACGGACAAGCGUUGGGUGAAACGCGCAAGCAGCUCAAAGAGGAAACUUUGCUUCGAUUGGAUGUUGAGAAAGAGCUGGAGGUGCAGAUCGGGAUGAAGCAGGAGAUGGAGCUGUCCAUGAAGAUGCUGGAAAAAGACAUCUGUGAGAAGCAGGACGCUCUUGUGGAGCUCAGACAGCAGCUGGACGACCUUCGUGCCAUCAACCAACAGCUUAGCCACAAGUCACAGAGCGCAGAUACCAGCUCUAAACAGAAGAGUGAAACCAUCGCUCGUCUGGAGGAGAAAAUAAACCAGAUGUCAGGCACUGUAAAACAGAUGGAGACAAGAUCCAAACAGGCCGAGAGAGAGAGGGAUCUGGCUCGAGAGGCCAACCGACUCUUCAAACAGGACUUUGGGGAUAAAAUCGAGAGCUUGCAGGUGGAGGUGGAGCAGCUGAGGAAGCACAGGUCUAAUCUGGAGCUGGAGUUGAGAAAAGAGCGAGAGCGAAGGAGUGAGUAUCAUUUUGACACGGCGUCCAGACAGCCCAGCACUCCUCGGAAGGAGAGGAGACUCCCAGAGAACAUACCAAAAAGUCUCCCAGAAUCCCCAUCAGUCAAAAAGGGCAAUGACCAGUUACACGCAGGAGCAGAGGACAAAACAAGUCUGAGCUCCAGCUUGUCUUUGUCACAUCACGAGGAUGAAGAGGACGAGUCAUUUGUGGAGAUCAGUCAGCCUUCUGUCUGUACCAUGUGUGAGGAGGACGACUCCCUCCUCAAGACAAAGAAACAGUGUAAGAACUGCAGUGGGGUUUUCUGCGAGAGCUGUGUGUCCAACGAGCUGCCUUUACCUUCCUCCAUUCUCCCAGAGAUUGUGUGUACCGCCUGCUUCUCUCUGUUGCUCCAACAAUACGCUUCAACACCAACAUGAAACAAGUUACAGCAAGACAAAAUGAUCAGACACACGGAGACCUGAGACAUCCAUUUCUAAAACUGGCACUGCAAAAAUGCACUUUUUGACUUCAUGACUCAAGACGUUGAAUAAUGAAAAAUCUGAUGAAGUCCUGCGAGUUCUGAACUUGCAGUAUUUUAGUUACUUUAAAUUAGUAACAUCCAAAUAUGCCAUUGAGAGCUGUUUGGAUGCAUGUUUUCAUUUUUUCAGAAACAACUGAAGCUGUACUUCUUCAUUAGUAUUUUAGUGAAAACCUGCAGUCAAAAAGCUGAAAAGGGCACCUGGAUUAUAAAAAGACAACUUGAAUCAUCUCAUGCAUUUAAAAACUGACUUUCCACUGAGUGGAUUAUUGAUUAAAAAAGUCAACUGACAAUAUUUUAAACUUCACUUUUAAAGGAUGAAAAAGGAAAACCUUUUUUUACACUCGCACGCAGUAAAAUUGUUCAACACAGUCUUAAAUACACAUAGAUUGGUAAAACACUCAGACUAA